AUGCCGGGCAAACCCCAGUUGCCGGGAGUGGGCGCGUACCCAGACAUACGUGGUCGUGGCAUCAACUAUGGUUGCUCUAACUCAUUUUGCUGGGCCCGAUGCACUGGGCUCGGGCUCGGCUUUUUCCAAAAUGAAUGGUGUUAUACGACUGAAGGCUAUUCCCUGGACUUCCGGUACGUGAGCUGUAAGGAUGACGACCAGUGCAAACCCGAUUGGAGUUGUGCUGGAUUUUGUACCAUAUGGACAAUCGCCACAUGCAUGGGUCACAUCCAGCCCUACCUGCCAUACGUGUCGGACUUGGGUGUAAUCGCACCGGAAGCGGCGCUAUUCUCGCUAUUCAUGAACAUCGGGGCCAUUUUGAUCACAACAUUCGCAUACAUCCGCUACCAAUGCAACAAAACAUACUCACAAACCAACAAAGCCCUACCGCCAGAGCACAGGGAGGCUAUCGUACGGCUGAACCGGCGAUCGCUGUGCGCCGGGCUAUGUAUGGCCACCGGGUUUGCAAUUGUUGGCAACUUUCGUAACGCCGAGGGCGUAGUCAUACAGUCUGUACACAAUGUCGGCGCAGUCACCGGGUUUGUGGGCACCGUUACCGACAUGGCCUGUCAGAGCCUAGUGGCCCGGCGUAUGGCUAUGGGUAGGGUCGCCAGGUUGAGAGCCUGGUUAGCUACAGGUGCCCUACUGUUGGCCGUCACGUAUAACGCGCUGUCUAUCUUGUCGUUUGUGUUACUGCCCGACGCCUUACAAGAUGUUAAUACUAGGUUAAUGUGGGCCAGUAGUCAGCCCGGGUAUAUACCACACGUGAUGUCUACCACGUUGGAGUGGGUGUUGAUAUUUAUGAUCUGCCCCUAUAUAUUGUCGUUUGUGGAUCAGUUUAAACAAUGGGGACUGGCGCUAUGGCAGGGUCACAUCUAUCCAUUUCUACCCUACGUCAGCGACAUUGGUGUUUUACCCCCGGAGGCGUCCCUAUUCGGUGUGAUCAUGAACCUUGGCGCCAUCAUGAUCAUCGCGUUUACCAUCAUUAGAUACGAAUCCACAAAGACCUACAUUCAUUUACAUCACCCCACUCUCGAUGACAAUAUUAGUGACAACAACAACAACAAUGAUUAUGAAAACGAGCUAAAAAUAGUCAACAAACGGUCGCUGAGGUCAGGCCUGUGUAUUGCCGGCGGAUUCGUUAUGGUUGGCAACUUUAGGGCCGCCGAGACUACGCUAGUGUUGGCCGUGCACUCAGUCGGGGCGAGCUUUGCGUUCAUAAGCCUAGUGUGCGAUAUGUGUUAUCAACGGACGGCAGCCCUGGAGAUGGGCAACGGAAGGGCCGCUAGGGUUAGGAAAUGGUUGGCCAUAUUAUCGGUGAUAUUACUCGUGUCGUGUGUGGGCUGUGCAUUGUGGUCGGGCGCUUUAUACCCGGCGGCAGCGCAUACCGAGAGUAGACUGUUGUGGGACACCCGUAGGCCAGGGUUUGUGCCGCACGUGAUAUCUACCACACUGGAGUGGUUACUGAUAUUCUUGUUGUGUCCGUAUUUUUUGACAUUUGUCCGGGAAUUUCGGGAAUAUUCCCUGUCUAGCCAUUUGGUUAGUUUGAAGCCUAUGCCCGACAGUACUAUGCUUUAA